AUGCCACUUCUUCUUAUCAGUGGUGUUAAUGCAAUGGAAUUGCCACAUGUUAAACAUCAGCUUUGUGUUUGGCAUGUUGAGCAAAAUAUAAGUAAAAACUUAUAUAACAAGCUCAAAGACAAAUUUAUAGCAUUUAGCAAAGAUUUCAAAGCAAUAGUGAUAGAAACUUCAGUAGAACAAUUUAAUAUUUGGUGGGAUUGUUUAUUAACUGAAUAUACUGAGGCUAGAACUUAUAUGAUAGAGCAGUAG